UUCGGCAAAGAAGAAAGAAACUAAUCGAUACUUUUGAGUUAAGUUUUGUCGUUCUGCGUUCGUCCUGUUGUGCUCUGAAAGUUUGCCACUACCAGGAAAUCGUUGUGGUUUACGCAAAAUAAUCUAUUUAAAGGGUUUUGACCAGUUUUUAUUAUUAGCAUACGAAUAAGUUCCUGAUUGUACUAUGGAAUGUAUAGUCAGUCUCUCGCGACAUGUAGCCAUGAGUUGUGGUCGCCAGGAGAUUCUCAAAUCGUUUGCUGUAAUUUUGACGGUCAUGUUGGCAGAUGUUACCGUGAUUGGCGGUAAAAUCACGGUCGAUGUGGGGCUGGAAGGCAGCGUUACGGACCACGACGUCAUCGUUGGGUCGAGUAUCAACCUUACAUGCAAGCCUUUGGUGACACCAAAGACAACAUCCUGCAGUAUGCUUUGGCUGAAAAACUCCAAGCGUUUGAAAGAGCGCACAGAAGAUAGUCGAAUACGAUUAUUGUUCGGUGAUCACGUCAGUGACAGCCGUUGCUCCGUGUCGAAACUUGUAAUAAAAAAAUUUAGGUAUAGUGAUGGCGGGAAAUAUGAAUGUGUGGAUAUGAAUUCCAUCAUUGAGUCUCAAACGGAAAACGUGCCGCGAGCUAGUCUUGUUAUCCGUGCAGUGACCUGUUAUCAAGGCUUUUACUGUCCUAAUUCGGGAAGAAAAACCGUUCCAAAACGUUGCCCUAGAGGAACGUUUUCACCAAACAACAACGGGACAUCUAUCGAGGACUGUUUAUCAUGCCCGGAAGACACGAAUGAACGGGAAAGAUGGAUGAAACGGAUGGAAACCAAAACAAUACAAAUGUUUCAAACCAACUGCUAUUCGAGCUUGCUGUCGAAAGACAAAGACGGAACGUCGAAUCUAUCUUCGGGCGUGAAAGCUGUCAUCAUAAUCGCGCCGAUUGUAACUACAUUGCUGAUUGUCGUCGUAGUUCUGUAUAUAUUUCACAGAAGAAAAAUGAUGAAUAAAUAUCGUGACAAAUUGCUCAACCCAUUGAAAGAAGUAAUUUACGAUCCUCCUAAAAUGACACGGUCAAAAGACGUAUUCGUUUGCUACAGUUCCAAGAAUCGUGAAUGGGUCCAUGCCACGCUCUUUCCUAAUCUCAGAUCCCAGGAUUUUAAAGUCUUCAUCGAUUUUGUUGACUUCGAAAUUGGUAAAAGCAUAGACGAGAAUAUAGCGAAUGGGAUUUACGGAAGUAGAAAGACGCUUUUCAUUUUAUCCAAAGACUCUCUAAAGAGCUUAUACGCUCGUAAAGAACUGUACCAUGCUCUUGCAGCAGGUAAAACAGGCCAUCAGGUACUGGUGAUUUUGUACGAGAAGUGCAAAGCUCCAGCGGAAAUUGCAGAUUUUGUAUAUCUGGACUGGACAGACGAGAAGAAUCGAGACAUAUUUUGGGAGAGGCUUUAUAGCGCUAUCCGACGGAAACUACCGAACGAAGUUGUUCAUGUCUAGUUGUUGUACCAAGGAAAAGAAAAGACAUGAACACCAUUUAGAUGCCCAAACUUGUAGAAGAUUGUAAAUAAAUUU